UUGGCUGCCAUUACACUUUUUUUCUCAUACAUUUAGCCAAUCAUAUUCCUACAAGGAGAAAUACGGGGAUUAGCAUGGCGACGUAGUAAACCACGGCUUUCAGACCGGCUGUCAUGCGGUUUUCUCUCGUACUCCCAGUCUCGUUGGUCAGGCAGACCCCGGAAAGAACUGAUCCUCCCGCUGUGGAGUUUGCUGUUUGGAAGCGUUUCCGCCCAAGAGACAGAUAACGUCUCAUUAUGACCGUUGUGGCUCAGCGACCAAUCAGCUGUGAGCUAAGAACCAGUCGGUUCCGCCAAACUGGGAAUGUGACAGACUCAGCCCCUAUGGAAUCAGGUCCCCUUCCUGUAGCCUAAAGAUUUUCGUCCAGCGCUUUUGAAGUAAAGUGAAUCUGGAAAGAAACAAUGGCAGCUUUGGAUACUAAAGCAAAAGCAAAGAAAACUCUGGGAACUGUUGAUUAUGUGGAGUCAUCGGAAUUUGCACAAGGAAUUCUGCCUACAAAGAAGGAUGUCAUCCAAAAUAUGUUAUAUCUGUUGCACCCAAAAAGGGCUGGGCAGGCCCAGAGAUCCAAAGAAGAUGCUGCCCAAUUGCUUGCUGAACUUUUGCAGGAACACUGGUUAUUUUGCAAUUUGUAUACCAUAGCAACACAUAGCAUAAAAAAUCAUAUUCUUAAGGUAUAUGAGGAAUUCUCCAAGUUGUAUCAGUCCAGAAAGCGAAGAAAAAAUGAGCUGUUUACACAGAAAGCUGAUGACUUCAACAGGAGUUCAGAACAGCUUUUUGAUAUAUUUUGUACAGAUACAGUUACAAGAGAGAAACUGGAACAAUACAGUGGUGUGAAGAUGACAGACACUGAGUGGAAAUUUCUUGAAGAUCAAAGAAGUGAAAGAAAAAUGUAUUUUGAGGACUUCAUGGACAAGAAGCAAAUGGAAACAUUGGAAAGACGAAGAAAAGUGCAGUCACUGGAGCGUUUCAGGAAGAUUGCCGAAGAAGAGAAAGAAACUUGUAAGCGUAAAGGCAUGGUUUCCAAUAGAGAUGAACAGCCAGAUGAAGAAGUCAGUGAUAGGAAUAAAGAUGACUCUUGUCUUGAACGCAGCAAGGGAGUUGCAGACUUUUCACAUAAGGCAAAAAGGAAGCGCAUAUCUUCUGGCUGGAUUACUGGGACUGCAACUUCAACUAGCUAUGGCGAGACAGUUCCUCAUGAAUGUCAGCAUAUACGUAUGAGCAUCAGAAAAGUCAGACCAGGGUUCUAUGAGACUUUUGACAAAUAUGAAAACUGCUAAAUUCAAAUGUGAAUGGCUAGAGGAGGUUGCUUCUGUUGAAGUUGAAAAGAGUUUGGAGAGGUCUUAAAGUAACCUGAUCAAUUGGAAGUUGAUGUAGAUAUUCUGUUGGGCUCCAUAAAUGUACAGCAACAACACCAAAGCAAUGACAUUAGUAGAACAUGGCUUUUAGCUUACUGAGAAGGUUAAGAUGUGAUUUGUUUAGGCCUGUAUCAAUAUCUUCACAGCUUAAAAGUGCUAGAUAUUAAAAGGCUGUAGCGUAGCAGAGGAAGGCAGAAGAACUAGUUUGGAAAUGUACAUUAAUAAGUUAAUUUACAUGAGGUUAAUUUAACCACAGGAUCAAGCUAUCUGGAAAGAUGAGGCAUUCUCAAUUACUUGCAGCCCUGAUGUUGGGCUGGAUGCCUCUAAAAAUCCUUUUUACCCAGGUGUAGUAUAGAAGCCUGCUAAAGGAGAAAAUGCAGUUUCAUCUGCAAAACAGUAGUCAUGACCAUUCCAUCCUCAGUGUCUCCAAGACUGGAAGGCUGUGAUCAACUCAUAAAAAAUGGUAAUCAAUCAGAUGGUUACUAAAAGAAGAAUGUUAUCUUGGAGUUUUGUGGCAUAAUGCAGGAUCUUUUUGAGGCUCAAAGUAAACCGCUGACUCUCUAGGUGUUCCAGUAGAGCGCCCCCCCCCCCCAUUGUGAAAGUGUAAUUGGUCCUGUAAUCCAGAAGUGCUCUAGUUUCCUGGGGAAACGCCCUCAAUCCAUGUGUGAUUUUAAGAAACUGAGCAUCUACAGUUUACAGUUCUGUGAGAUUUGAAGGGGUUUGGCACCUUUCAAGACCAGGUGUUUACAGGAGGAGAUAAAUUGAUUGCUUGGUCUGCCCUUGCAAGUACCUAUUUCAUAAGAGACUUGUGAAGUUCUGAGAAAUUGGUUUGCGUGGAAAGAAAAGAAAGAUCAGGAAAUGUACACAAUGGCUUUAGAUAUAAAUGUGGUGACAACUAUCUGUUUAUUUUCUGCAUUCUUAGCAAUUAAAUAUCAUUGGUGGUGAGAAGGAUUGUGAUGAAGUAGAAUUUGUAAGACACAUGAGACUUUAAUAUGUAUAAGAAAUGGAACAUAACAUGGAAUGGGAGUGCAUAAAGACUAUGAAUUCCAAAUGUAGCAGUAAUACAAUUGUAAUAUCCAUUGAACCAGAAGCUUAUUAUUUUUAAAGCCUAGGAAGAGAUUAUAGUAGUAUGUUGUAUACAUUUUUGUUUCCAGUUCAACACUAAGCAAAAGUCCUGUUUUCUUGCCUUCUGGUCCCUUUUUUGAUAGAUAAGGCAGGUCGAGAUCCAAACUUACUAUAUGCAUGGUGGUAUGUGCUCCGUUACAUGAUCUGGUGGCUGACUUGGGCAAAAACACCCAUGCAUAUGUCCCAUUUGUGUAAUCUUACUUCAAACAAAAAAGAAAAGAAAGGAUCUGAGAAAUUCAGCAGUAUGCAUAUCCUCCAUAAAUACAGUUUUUUAUAGGUAAAUAUUUCUGAUGUACAGUAAGAUGUACAAUAUUGUCAGAGUGGAAAUUUAUGGAACCACGCUUCACAGAUGUAUGUAUAUCACUUGAUGGUUCUCAGAUGGAUAUGAACUGUCUAUUAAAAAUGUGUUUGAGUUGACAUUAGGUGAUGUGAAAGUUCCAUUUAUGGUGGUUAAUGGUUCAUUCAUGCCUGUAUGUCCCCAUUUGAUGCUAUAAUGAAUGUGUGAUAAAUGUGCGUCCAUGAACAG